AUGAACUCAGCCUCGGGUCGGGCGGGCAUUAUCCGUGCCCGCGAUGAUGCUGGCAGCAUGGAUAAACUGGCGCAUUCGGUGCUCGAUGAUGUGCUGUACAACCUCGUGUCGGAUCUGUUGAUGAAGACGCAUCGGGAGGAGAAGACAGCCAGGGCGGCCACUGCCGCCAUCCAAGUGGAGAAGUUGGCUUCAGAUGCCUCGGAGAGCUCGACGCCCGACUCAAGACCCGACGUGCGAGUCGAGACGGAUGCCGCCAUCUACGAGGAUGGCAAGGUGCUCCUAAAGGGCAACCCGCUGAAGACGACGACGGAUAUUCUAUGCCCCCGAUGCCAUCUGCCGCGAUUACUGUAUCCAACCGACGGUAAAGGCGCCCGAAAGCCCGACCCUACCGUCGUCUACUGCAAAAAGCACCCGUUCAUCGAGAAGCCCGGAUGCGACAUCUACGGCCAGAGCUGGGUGGGACCAGGCCCUGGUAGGGGCAAGAAGAAGAAGGAUUCGGACAAGAAGGAUGACGGAGGCUCCGAGCAGCGUCCUCCGAAUGUCCUCUCCUUCCCUUCUGCCACGUGCAGCAAGUGCAAGAGAUGCAUCCUGGUUACACGGCUGAAUAAUCACAUGGGAUCUUGUAUUGGCAAUAGCGGUCGCAACGCCAGUCGAGCCGCUGCUCAAAGGAUGAACGGUAGCGGUUCUCAGAAUGAACCUACUCCUCCACCCUCGCAGAAAGCUACGCCCACGCCGGCUUCCCGUGGCCAGAGUCCCAGGAAGCGCGACGUUAGCGACGACGACGAAGACUCGGAGACUAGCCACAAGAAGAAGAAGAUAAAGCAUGCUUUGACGAAGAAAGUCAUAAUCAAGACCAAAUCUUCAUUGAAGAAAGAUAAGAUCAAGAGCAGUUCGUUAAGCCAGGAGCAGAAGGCAGAUUACAGUGUGCCCUCGCCAAAGGUCCUGAACAAGGUCAAGUCCAAGACAGACAGCCCAGUCAAGAAGUUGAAAGUGGGCAAGCCUGUCAUGAGCUCCCCCAUGAAGAAUGGUCGAGAUAUCGAUGCCGAGUCCGAGUCCUCAGAAACGCUUUCUUCGCCACCUGCGGGCCACCGUUAA